AUGGAGGUCGAGUCCGGAUCAGAACGAUUUCGCGUUCCUAAAACAUCUUUUCAAGAAAAUCUUUUGGUGAAUGACGCCGUUCCAGCUUCAACUAAGUAUAAAAACAAGUGGGCUGUGAUCAGUUUUGCCGAAUGGCAGAGGUUAAGAGAGGUUCAAGUUCCGGCAUUACAUUGUGGUGGUCUCUUCAAGGACUACGAUUUACACAAGGUUACCGCUCUGAGCACAGAUAUUGCCGGAAUGGAUGCUCUGUCGCUGAACUAUUGGUUGUCAAAAUUCGUGAUGGAGGUAGCUAAAAGGUCCGGUGGAAGAUACCCUCCCAAGACUGUUUAUGGUAUCAUUUGUGCGCUAAAACGUUAUUUGGAGGAGAAAAAUGGAUCCGAAGCUUUGAAUCCUCUGGACGCUACUGACAAAAGGUAAUUGACAACUUUUAGACUGCAUUGUUCAGAAUUUUAAAAUGCACUGUUUUGGGAAUUGAAUUUGGUGCGUUGUUUUUCGAAGGUUUGUCCUGUUCCGACGUUGCUUAGAUGCCGAGACGAAGGAUCGCGUUCGCGAAGGGCUUCACAUUAAGUGCAAGAAGGAGAAGAAGGAGUUUGUGAGCGAGCAAGAAGAAGCAACAUUCCGAAGAAAUUGCUGGGAACUACAUCAGCUAAGUCGUUAUUAA